AGCACAACUUUUUUCUCAUUUCGUCUCUCCUCUUUGCCUUUGACUUCUUCUCUUUACCUUUACUUUAACCAGUAAUCGAGAUGGCUAUUCAAGUUGUGCAGCGAUCCCCUGCCACGGUAUUCCUCAGGGGCCACAAGCUCUUCCUUGAGUUGGAGCUUGACCAAGUCUCAGGCUUUGAGGGCAUCUUCAAAGCCCUCAAUUCUUCCGCAUCCAAUAUCGAAGCCUUGACGGCUGGGUCAGAUGGCCUUGUCCACUCGUUGUUUGAGAGACAGGCCAAGAAGACUCCCAAUGCAAUCGCCGUCCAGUUCGAGAACCAAGAUGAGCUGACCUACCAGCAGCUCAACGAAACUGCCAAUGGUGUGGCACGCCAGCUGUCUUGGGCCAGAAAUACCAUUGUGCCCAUUGCCGUCUCUAGGUCUAUAAACCUGAUUGUUGCCUUACUGGCAGUUUUGAAGGCCGGAGCAGCCUAUGUGCUCCUCUCAACUGACUCCCCUGCGGAGCGGAAUCGGUUUAUCGUCAACGACACCAAAGCAUUAUUCGUCAUCACCGAUUCCACAACUGAGGGAAGCUUCACGCCUGCUCAAGAAGCAUCUAUCGAGGAUCUUGUCACCGUGUCACAGGCAAUGAGUCCAAAAUAUCUCACCAAUGUCAACAAUUAUCAAGACCCAUCAGACACCGCCUAUGUCAUCUACACAUCCGGCACAACUGGGCACCCUAAAGGUGUUAUUCUUCCUCACUCUGCUGCCCAUACUGGGAUAUCUGCACUUCCCGAUUUGGAUGUAUCACAACCCUUCAGACAGCUGCUCUGCCAUUCUCCCAUCUUCAGCGCCGCACAACGCACCAUCCUCGGGGCUCUAUGCCGUGGUGGCACAUUAUGCCUUGCUAGCAAAGAGAAUAUCACCCUGUGUCUAAGCGACACCAUUGAGGAAAUGGGCAUCUCGUCACUUGAGAUUACACCAAGCAUGCUCAAGCUUAUCGAUCCAUUAAAUGUACCUUCGGCUAUCAAAAGGAUCACACUUGGUGGCGAAGCCGUCGGCCCGGAACUUGUUGAGACUUGGGCAGGAAAGGUCGAGCUGAUCGGUGCAUAUGGUCUUAGCGAAUGCACUCAGUUAAAUAUGAGACAUCUCCUGAAGCCCGGUCAUUCGGCACGAACUAUUGGAAUGCCUUCAGAUAGCACAACAUAUAUCGUACUUGCUCCGAAUACCCUCAAUCGCGUGCCACCAAUGACCUCUGGCGAGCUAUGCCUUGGUGGAGACCAACUUGGCAAGGGGUAUCUUAACCUUCCAGAGAAAACUCGGGAAGUCUUCAUCAACAAUCCCUACGGAGCUGGACGCCUCUAUCGGACAGGUGACAUGGUCAUCGAGAAUGACGACGGAACAAUCGAGCUUAUUGGAAGAAUCGACCAGCAGACAAAGAUUGACGGCCAACGAGUAGAGCCAAGCGAGUCAAACUUCAUAAUCCAGGUCCAACCUGGCGUCGUCCAAUCCAUUGUGGUGUCUGCCGUUGUUCUCAAUAGGAAUUCUCUGGUUGGUGUUAUUGUGCCCGAGAAGGGGAAGGAGUGGUCGUCUCUCAUCAGAGAGAUACGCCUAGAGCUGGGAGCUCUGCUCCCUCAUUACGCCAUCCCUCGAUACUGGGUCCAGCGCGAAGAAUUGCCUCUCACAGCGAGCGGAAAAGUUGACAUAUCCAGCCUCCAAAAGGCGGUUGAAGCGAUGGAUGCAAACAAGCUGAUCAAAUUGUCUAUCACACCAUCAAUCCUUACACCACAAUCGUCACAUGCAUCACUCCGACUCGCAGAAGCCACUGAUAAACUUGAAAUUAGUUCCGAUGCUAAGAUUGCUGAGACAAUUGCUUCUGCUCUCUCUAUAUCGCCAGACACGGUUGAUUUCAGUGUUUCAUUCCAGGAGCUUGGUGGCUCGUCCCUGGACGCCAUUGUUGUAGCAUCCAACCUGAGAAAAAUUGAUAUUCACAUUUCCGUUUCGGAUAUCUUGCAGUCUGAGUCGAUAAGGCAGAUGCUUGAUUGCCAAACUGAGCCAAAUUUGGAAAUUGCAACCCCUCCAGCGCCUUUCUCUUUACUCCCACAGGGAGCAAAGAUUAAUCUAGCCGGGCUUGAAGACGCCUAUCCCGUCACGCCGCUUCAGGAAGGCAUCCUGGCAGACUCCAUCUUGGGUACUGUCAACUAUGUCUAUCAGCGCACGUAUCAGCUACAGGGAGUCAGCUCUUCUCAGGUACAGGCGGCAAUGAAUCAAGUCUUAGCUCGCAGCAAUAUGCUACGAACGGUCUUUUACCCACACAAACGGAGUUUCGUUCAGGCAGUUAAGAAAACCGCGGAAAUCCCUUGGACAGUCAUUAAAGGGGCUUCAUUAGACAGUGUCGUGAAGGAAUCAAGCAAAGAGGAAAUGCCUCUCGAUGAGCCUCUCAUCAGGGUUACUGUUAUCGACGAAGAUAUUCUUCUCCUCGAGAUGCACCACAGCCUGUUCGACUUCUGGUCUAGCCAAUUCGUUAUCCAGGAUACUAUUGCAGUCUUGCAAGGGAAAUCGACGAUUCCUCGCCUGCCUUUUAGUUCAUACGUCGCCUUUCAGCAACACACACACGAUGAGAAGGCUAAGGAGUUCUGGAGAGGCUAUCUUCAGUCGGCUACGCCAACCGUCGUUGAUCUCGGGAUUAGUGCACAGGCUAUUGAGCCUUUCGUCUUAAAAUCCACAAUUGACCAUGGCUUGACAGAAUAUAGCCACAAUUAUGGUGUAACCAUGGGUGCCUUCGUCCAUGCCGCCUGGGCUUUAACUCUUGCUUCGAUGCUCAAUACUCGAGACGUAACUUUCGUCGCAGCAUUUUCAGGACGAGAUGCCGACCUAGACGGAAUCUUGUCACUAGAUGGCCCGACUCUCAAUACUGUGCCCAUGCGGGUUCAAGUAGAUGAAGGGCUACAUGCCGUUGACUUCGCAAAGGCAGUGCAAAGCAAUCUUUGGGUUCUAUCCAGAUUCGCCCACUCUGGGAUGCGAAAUGCCCUGACCGAGGGAUCCAUGAAACCAAGUGCCUUUAACACCAUGGUUAAUAUACUUGUGAAGCAAGAUGACUCUCUCGUCGCUGGCCCAUUGGUGCCGAUUAUUACCCACGGAGACAACUUCACGCAAUACAUCACCAUUGAGAUCAGCGAAACAGACCCAACAUCAGUCAAGAUGCUAGUGCCUUUCGCUGGAGAUUUGCUUUCCGCCGAGACUUUACUAGGCAGAUUUGUUCAAAUCGUGGGCGGCAUGAUCGGAAAUCCCGAGGGGGUCGCAGCUCAGAUGUCUAAUGAGGUUUCCUCAGUUUAUGAAGACUCGGCCGAAGAAAUUCCAAGGCUUGCAACGUCAUAUCCAGAAUUUGGACUUGCACAUGCUGCUUUUGAGUCUUUUGCAGCAUCUACUCCGUCAAAGACUGCUAUUCGCACGGCCUCAGGGGAAAUGUUGUCUUAUGCAGAGCUCAAUGGAAAGGCCAAUAGCUUUGCUGCCUGGCUCAUUUCAGAAGGUGUCCAGCAUGGCGAGAUGAUCCCUCUCUACAUGGAAAAAUCGACGGAAACCUUGAUCUCUAUCCUCGGCAUCAUUAAAGCCGGCGCUUCCUUUACGCCUCUCGAUCCACUCAAUCCGCAUGAUAGAAACGCAUUCAUCGUUAAAGAUGUCGAGGCGAAGCGAAUUGUCACAGAUGAACACACCAGAAGCGCUUGUGCAUCUUUUGGUGUUGAAAUGAUUAUCACCGAGGACAUGGAGCUUCCUUCUGACUCUUCACAGAACCCUGUGAUUCCAGAGCUCACUCCAGAAAGCGUGAUCUACGCAAUCUACACUUCUGGUUCGACAGGAUUGCCAAAAGGUGUCGUUGUACAACAUUCAGCUGUGACAGCUUCGACAGAGGGUAUGAUUGAAGCCACAGCCGUGACUUCCGAUUGGAAUGCUCUGUGGGUCCUCAACUAUGUUUUCGAUGCUUCCUAUUAUGAUGUUUUCACCAUCUUCUCGGCUGGGGCGACUUUAUGCCUCGCACCACAGGAUGAGCUACUAUCAAACCUCGCCAGCUAUAUCAACAAAUUGGAGAUCGAGCAGGUGAUGCUCACACCGACGAUUACCAAGCUCAUUUCUGGUGGCCCAGCAGAAGUGCCCGGUCUGAAGGUGUUGAAUGUGUGCGGCGAGAAAAUUGAUGUGAACAUCCUGAACUGGGCACAGAGUGUAGAUGUUUAUAACGGUUAUGGUCCCACUGAAGCCACGAUUCUCAUGACUGUUUCGCAUGUAAAGCCAGACGGCAGUCUUAACAGUAUCGGAUACCCAUUAAAGCAUGUUACCACAACCGUCGUCUCGCCUGAAGCUGGCAACUUGGAGCCCGUACCACGUGGUACUGUAGGAGAACUCUGUGUCCGCGGGCCGCAACUUGCAAAGGGAUACCUCAAUCGCCCUGAACAAACGGCUGCAGCCUUUGUCCGCGACACUGAUGGAGAGCCUCUCUAUAGAACCGGAGACCUGGCACGAUGGGCAGAUGAUGGGAGCCUUGAAUGUCUCGGCCGAAAGGAUUAUCAGAUCAAGCUUAACGGUUUCCGCAUCGAGCUUGGUGAGAUUGAAAACGCAAUCCUCGUAACUGAGGAAGUCGACGCUGCUAUCGUAUCCGUUGCUGAAUUACACGGAAAGCGCCAGCUUGUUGCAUUCUGCAUCUUCAAAGGCGACCAUCUUCCGAAUAACACGGCAAUGCUGCCAGCGGACGACUACUUGGACAGGAUUUUAAGCCUUUCAUCCCGGCUCACUACACUCUCGCAUUAUAUGGUGCCAAGUCUCUUCCUGCCUUUCAGAAGCUUCCCAACUCUCCCGUCUGGAAAGUCAAACAGGAAGGCCCUCAUAGCAGUUGCAGAGCAGAUGACGAAUUCCGAGAUUACAACAUAUCUGCCUCGCGAUAAUGGUUCGGACGAAUUCGUGGCUGCCUCAACUGAAGAAGAGCUGGUGAUGCGACAGGCGUGGGCGUCGGUUCUCGACGAGCCUGAGGAAUCGAUCGGUGCGAGUUCCAUCUUUCUCAGUCUUGGAGGAGACUCAAUAUCCGCCAUCAAUGUUGUUGCUGCCUGUCGAAAGCUUUCCUAUAACAUCUCCGUAUCCCAUAUUCUCUCCAACCCAACUCUCGGAGAGCAGGCGAAAAAUCUCAAAGCAGCACAAAAGAAGAAGGUCGUCGCAGAAGUCAAGUAUGAGACUCCGCAAUCAUUGUUGUCGGCCAUGGGAAAUGCUGGCAUUGAUUUUCAUCAAUAUAUUGAGGAUUUUUAUCCUUGUGGUGCUGGCCAGAUUGAGUUCUUGACUCAAGGGCACAAGAAGCAACAGUUCUGGAAUCUCACUGCUUGUCGAGAACUUCCCCCACACUUCGAUCUCCAGCUCUGGAAAGAUACCACGAGGGAGCUGACGGCCAGAAAUCAAAUCUUGAGAACAAUGUACUUCCAAGUCGAUCAAAUUGACGAAUCAUCUUGGUAUCAGAUCAUCCUCAGAGAGCCGGUAAUGGACUUUGAGCACAUCUUCUACGCCACUGACGCAGAGAAGCUGGGCCACAUGGAGAGCUUGCGGGACGGGCUCUUUACCUUUGGCAGGCCCAAUAUCAAGUAUAGGCUCCUCCAAUCCCUGACAGACGGCGCGAGGACACUGUGCAUCAAGGUAGAUCAUGGAUCGUAUGAUGGAACCCUUCUCCGGAUCUUCGACGACCAAUUCAGGGCCAUCGCUCGCGGUGAUACAAAUAUCCCUCCUGUCAAUUCAUUCAAAAAAUUCAUUGACUGGGCACAUGGUGUCGAUCGAAGCGAAGCACUGCGAUACUGGAAGCGUUCGCUCCACUCAUACACUCCCAGACACAACCUACCAUUACAGCCUAUUUCAGAUCGACUGAAGUUUGCUGUGGUAAAUGCAGACGUGGAUAGCACUGCAUCCGCUUUUGGCGUCACAGCCUCAACCGUCUUCCAAGCCGCCUAUUCAAUCGUUGCUGGCAAGCUGACUGGGGCCAACGAUGUACUGGUCGACAACCUCCUCACUGGCCGCAACGCAGAUGUCGAGAACCCGCAAACCUUGAACGGGGCGUGUGCAAACUUUCUACCUUUCCGAUCGAAGCUGUCCAGCAAGGAGUCGAUCGCCAAGUUCCUCAAAGACACGCAAGCACAGUUCUGGGACACGACUGAGCAUGGUGCAGUUGGUCUUAAUGACAUGUACAAGACGUUGAAUAGAGACAGGCAGGUGCAUUCCGCAAAACUGCUCUAUUGCUUUCAGCCAUUUGAGCCUGCUCCUGCGACGGCCAAGCCUGAUCCUAUGAGGUGGAUCGUCAUGGCGCAGAGCAAGGUCUUCAUGACUAUCAACUAUGCCUUGAUGGUGGAGGUCCAAAAGACUGCAAAGGGCCACCGGUUUAAGCUGCAAUGGGAUAGUAAGGCUUUGAACGAUAGCCAGGCUGACAAAUUCGCUGAACUGUUCAGCGCGGUUUUGACAAUGAUGGGUGAGAACAAAGAUGGGCGACUGGCUGAGUUGAUGGGUAUUGAGACGGAUUUGGAAGCUUUGUGGAAGGCUUGAAAUUGUUAUGGCUUUGAUGUUUGUCUCUUAUCUGUUGGAUUUUUUAUUUAUGACAGUUUCAUCUCGUUUAUAGACUUGUUUAGAGGUUUAUCUGCCGUUUGGAUUUAUUAUAGAGGGUCAUGACAUGAUGCAGUAUUAGAUAACUUUAGUUAACAAGGCUGAAUUAAGAG